UACCGACGUUUACGCAGAGAAGAAAGCAGCGAUGCCUGAAUCAACCGAGCACGUUGAGGGGGCAAAUACGUCUCCCAUUUGCCCCCUCAACGAGGACAUUGAGGACGAGGACGUUGGGGGGGCAAAUACGACUCCUAUGUGUCCCCCCAACGAGGACGUUAAGGACGAGGAUGUUGAGAGCGCAAAAACGACUCCUAUUUGCCCGCCCAAAGUUCUCCGCGUAUUAGUAGCAGGUGCAGUUGGUCUAAUUGUAGGUGCUCUAGUAGCUGGUCUAGUAGCUGGUUUUAAUGGGUAUUGGAAGGGUAGAAGUGAGUGUGUCAAGGACCCCAGUGCUAAUUGCCCUUUCUCAAAAGCUGCUGUGGCCGCAGACUCCGAGAAAUGUUCACAGAUUGGACGGGACAUUCUUCAGAGAGGCGGCUCUGCAGUAGAUGCUGCCAUUGCUGCGCUGCUGUGCACCUCCAUCAUCAACCCACAGUGUGCGGGGAUUGGAGGCGGGGUCAUAUUCACUGUGAUGGACAGAUCCGAGGUAAAGUGAAAAUCAUCAACUCCAGAGAGACUGUCCCCAGCAACGUGAACUCUGACCUGCUUACGUCGUGUCCUAAAACCACAGAGUGGAGCAUGAAGUGGCCGCAAGAUAGCAGAUGGAUUGGGGUUCCUGGGGAAAUUCGAGGUUAUGAAGCGGCACACCGGCUUUAUGGGAAGUUGCCAUGGGCCGACCUCUUUCAGCCGACCAUCAAAUUAGCCAGAGAAGGAUUCCCUAUUCCUUACUACCAAGGUCAACACAUCCCACGCAUUGGUAACACGUCACUACGGGAGCUAUAUUUAGAUAAAAAUGGGAACCUGCUUAAGACUGGUGAUACUGUGAAAUUUGAGAAACUGGCUGACACUUUGGAGAUGAUCGCAAACGAGGGACCAGAUGUGUUUUACAAAGGAACAAUAGCAAAGAAUUUAAUCAGUGACAUACAGGAUGCAGGUGGAACACUCACACUGAAGGACUUGGCAUCGUAUCGAGCUAAUGUGACUGAUGCGUGGAAUAUUUCUUUGGGAGAGUACUGGAUGUACUUCCCUCUGCCCCCUUCAGGAGGAGCCAUCCUCAGCCUCAUCCUCAACAUCAUGAAAGGAUACAAAAUGAAUUCAGAACCUAAGACGACUGAUGAAAAGAUUUUGUUUUAUCACCGUUAUAUUGAAGCUUUAAAAUUUGCCAAUGGAUUAAAGAAACAUAUCCGAGAUCCAAACUUCAGCUCAGACAAAACAGCAAAGAAUUUGACAGAGGAUAGCUUUGCCAACCACAUACGGAGCUUGAUCAGCAGCGACAAGACUCAUGAUCCCCAGUAUUACGGCAAAAACUCGUAUCUGGACAGCAUCGGCACCACACAUUUAUCUGUGCUGGCUGCAGAUGGAUCUGCCGUGUCUGUCACCAGCAGCAUCAACGACGAAUUUGGGUCCAAUGUCCUCUCUUCAAGCACUGGAAUCAUCCUCAACAACCAGCUGAAUGACUUCUGUGGUAGAGCUGAUAACAUCUUUCAUGGGGAGCGGCCUCCCUCCAAUAUGGCCCCAUCUGUGCUGAAGUCUCCGUCGAAGACGCUGGUGAUUGGAGGGUCUGGUUCUGAAAUGAUUCCACCAGCAGUGGCCUCAGCGCUCAUGAACCACCUUUGGUUUGGAAAGAGCCUUAAGGAGGCAAUUGAUACUCUGGUUGUUCUUGUAGACUCUAAAAGUGAAGUAAAACUUGAAUCCAAGCUUGAAAAGGAUGUAGUUGAUGGUCUUGAAGCUAAGGGACAUAAAAUAGCAAAAUUCUACAACACAGUUAAUGCUGUGGAAAAGGCGGGCAGCUGUAUCUCUGCAUGGUCUGAUGAAAGGAAAAAAGGCAAAGCAGCUGGUUACUGAGACCAAGAGUCAGUGAUGUUAGUUAUACAGCGUGGUCUUAAGGUUAUGAUAGCAGAGGUGUAGGUUUUAAUGUUUUCAGAAAUCUCUCAGUCAGAACAUGGUAUAUUAUGUUUAAGUGGAAACUAGCGAGCUAACUCCCUGCUAACUUCUAACUCUGUUAAAUUUCAUAAAUUCUGUUUUCAUGGAUGUUAAACUUAAAUGUUACACCUGGCUGAUCAUUUUAUUAAAGAUGAAAGAAUUUAGACAGUUUGUAACUCUCAAUGAUGCCACAGUGUUCGUUUGAGUUUGGGACCCAGAAACGGUUAAUGACGUCAAACUUAAAGACCUGAUAACUAUUUCAAACUAUUUACAGAACACUAAUAGGAAAGGGUGGUUUUGUUUUUUGUUUUUUUUAAUUUUUGCUCACAAGCGGAGAGUGCUUUUGAGCAUUUACUAAGUUUUUACUGUUUCUUCUCGCAGUAAACAUAAACAACGAUAGUAUUCAGGAAAAAACAUUAAAUAUAUUUUUUAUCAUGACUCUAGUUUUACGUGGCCUUUCAACACACUUUUAACACAAAAGUGGAGACUCUGGGUUGUCUUGGGUUGUUGCUAUGUCAUCUUAAAUUGGUCCUGUGAUUGGUUUAGCAUGGCUAUUUUUCCUCAGCAAAUCAGCAGCACUUGUGCGAUUGUUUCACCCUGAAGACAGCUUCAACCGUCUGAGUGUUGAAAAAUAGUAACGCGUCCGCACCGUAUUUUCUUGUUAGUAAGGGUAACUGCGUUGUAAAGACAGAAAUAGUAAUUAGAUUACUAGUUACUGAUAAAAGUACUUUUAACGCCGUUAUUUACGUCACUGCUCAUGUGUCUAAAAAAAGUUUGUAAUAUUGAAAACAUAAUGCGAUGAUCGGAUUAUUUAAAUCCCAAAUUUAAUGCAAAAAUAGUGCAAAGACAGCACUGUAAAAACUAGAAUGUUUUUGAAAAAUGUUAGGGAUUGAUAUAUCUGCCUCAAUUUUAUACAAUCAAUAUGACCUUUUAAAUAUUUGUUCAUCAUAAAUCAUAGAAUAUAAAAUAUGAAGCCUAUGACUAUGUUUCUUCAACCUGCAUCAGGCCAGCAGGAAGAGACUGACUGCAGAAAUCUUUGGUUAUAUAAAAGAUUGCUGGAAAAAGAGCUACAGACUUCAUGUUCCAUUCCACCAGUAAACAAUUCAUAUUUUCAAGUCUCAUCAAAUUCAUGUUUACUUUGUAAAUUUUAGCCCACUGGAUUGUCCAGAAUUGAGAGAAAGUAGGGUACACUUUAGGGCAGCCCUAAGUUAUUUAUCAAUUGAUUUGUAGUUUAAACAAAAAAAACAAAAACAUUAGGAGUCCAACUACACAAGUGCAGUUACUGUUACAGGCAUGUCAGCAUCAACAAAGCUAGAUCUCACAGACUGUUGGAGCUAAAUAGAAAGGUCAGGUCAGUUUUUUAUCUGAACAUUAUAAGCCACAUUUAAAUGCUUUUCAAUAUUAGUUUUUUUUUCUUCAUUUUGCAUAUUAAGAUUUUUUGCACAGUUCAUCCUGCUAUUGUUUUGCUGUUAUAAAGUGUGGGUAAUUCUGCUGAUGUGCUCAGGAUAAAAGUUAAUCAGAAAAGGAGUUUGAAAAGCAACAGUUUUGUUUUUUAUAGCUGUUUAAUGUGUUUUGACUGAUAGGAAUAGAUUACCUGGACUUGAACUGAAAAUGUUUUAUUUUCAAACUGUCAGUUUUGUGUACAAUAAAUUCAU